AUAUUUUUAUUAUUAUUAUUAUUUUUUUAAUUUUAAAUGUAAGCACAUGUAACAUGUUGCUUUUAAGUUAUCUCCUAUAAACCGUUAUUAUUAAAUCAUUUAGUUUAACCAUUUUACAUAUUCUCUUCCUUUUAUUUUUCGAAAAUUUUCAUUUCGAUCAAAUUAUUUUAUAAUGAAUUUUCCUCAUACAGAUGAAGAAAAAAUGGAAGCAGAGAAAAAGAGUUUUAAAAGAAUUAUAACCGCAUUUAUGUUUUACAGAAAUCAUUCUUUAAGCAGGCUCAACAAGACCAUUAACUACUUGAAAUCAUUACCAGAACAACAUCAAAGACUUUUGAUUAAUUAUAGUAACAGUUUGGAAACUAUUAGACAUUGCAUAGAUUAUAACUAUAAUGUUAUAUUAGAAAUGAUUAAAGAUACUGCAUAUUUGUUUGAAAAUCAAAACACUCCUAGUUUGGAUGGUUGGCAUUCAACUGAUGAAUACAAACCAAUUGAAUCCGAUUUAGAAAAAGUACAAUCAACUUUGAAACAAUUUGUACGAGAUUGGAGCUCUGAAGGUAUUGAAGAACGUAAAACAUGCUAUAGACCUAUUAUUGAUGAAAUUCUUAAUGAGUUCCCAUUAGAUUCUGUCACACCAUCUGAUAUAAAAAUUUUGGUUCCUGGUGCUGGUCUCGGAAGGUUGGUAUUUGAAAUUGCUAAAUUAGGUUAUACCAGUCAAGGAAAUGAAUUUUCUGUAUUUAUGUUAAUAGCAUCAAAUUUUGUGUUAAACAGGUGCCGAGGUGUUAAUAUGCAUGUUCUUUAUCCAUGGAUUCAUCAAUGUGACAAUAAUUUAGAAACUGAACAUCAAAUGCAAUGCAUUUCAUUUCCUGAUAUAAAUCCAGCAAGAGAACUUCCACAAAAUGCACAUAUAUCAAUGGCUGCUGGAGAUUUUUUACAAGUUUAUACAGAUAAAGAUGAAUGGAAUUGUAUUGCCACUUGUUUUUUUAUCGACUGUGCCAAUAAUAUAGUUGCCUUUAUUGAAACUAUUUAUAAAAUACUUAAGCCUGGAGGUAUAUGGGUCAAUUUAGGGCCAUUAUUGUAUCAUUACAGUAAUGUUUUUGAUCAAAACUCUAUUGAACCAAGCUAUCAAGUAAUUAAAGAAGUGAUAAAAGGCAUUGGCUUUCAGUUAGAAAAAGAAAUAUUGAACGUUCCAACAAAAUAUGCACAAAAUCCAAAAUCUAUGCUACAGUACGAGUAUAAAAGCGUAUACUUUGUAUGUCGAAAACCUAAAUUUUCUUUAGCCAUAGCUUCAACUCCUUCUGAAAAUGAGAUUAAUGAAAAUGGAUUUCAUUUUCCGGUCGAUGAAGAAGUCAAUGCUAAAAACUCUGAAAGUGAUAAUGAUGAUCUUGAUGCAGAGGAAACCAACUGAAAACUAUAUUGUAAAAGACUUAACUUUUUAAUUUUAAGAUAUUUGUGAUGAUGAUAAUGAUAUUAAUAUAAGAAAAAUUUCAUUAUAUAUUUAAAAAAAGUGUGCAUUUUGAUAAUAACUCAUGAUAAAAGUAAUUUGAAUUUCAUUCAAAAAACAUUAGAUUAUAUACUUAAGGUUGAUAUAUUAAUAAAUUAAAUUAAAGAUGAAACAAUAACA